AUGGCCUUUGAUUCUGGAACUUUCUCUGAUGAUCUAGAGAUGGACAGGCGUAGCUAUGGCAGUGAUAACAGUUCUCCAGAGGAAGACCCUAGUGUGGGAACUGGGAACUCAUCAUAUUGCCACGCUGAUACACCAGUUUGGCCACCAGGGGAUGGAUUUGCCAAUGGUAUCAUUGACCUGGGUGGUGGGUUGCUAGUGUCACAAAUUUCGACAUUCAAGAAAGUUUGGACCACUUAUGAAGGCGGACCAGAUGAUCUUGGAGCUACAUUUUUUGAGCCAACAGAUCUACCUGAAGGGUUCUUUAUGCUAGGAUGUUACUGCCAACCCAACAACAAACCUCUUCAUGGUUGGAUUCUUGUGGGGAAAGAUAACUACUCUUCAACCACAAAUGGAGCUUUAAAGAAACCACAUGAUUACAAAUUGGUAUGUAACAUCAAAUCUAUACAAAACAAACAAGAUGAAGAAGGAUAUAUUUGGUUACCAAUAGCACAUGAUGGUUAUAAAGUUGUUGGCCAUGUUGUCACUACCUCAAAAGAGAAGCCUUCAUUAGACAGAAUCAUGUGUGUUAGAUCUGACCUCGCUGAUGAAUGUGUCAAAUACAAAUCAAUGAUACUUUGGAGAAAUAACAACAAGAGGUUUAAUGUUUAUGAUGUUAGACCAAUCAAGAGAGGUAUUGAAGCUAAAGGUGUUUAUGUAGGAACAUUCUUAGCUCAAAGUGGAAGGACAAAGUCUAAAACUUGUUCUAUUGUUUGUUUGAAAAAUUUGAAUGCUAGAUUAUUUUCUUCCAUGCCUAAUUUAAACCAAAUUAAGACAUUAAUCAAAACUUAUUCUCCUUAUAUGUACUUACAUCCUAUGGAAAGGUAUCGUCCUUCAUCUGUGGAAUGGUUUUUCAAUAAUGGGGCAUUACUCUAUGAGAAAAGAAGGGGUAUAAUCAAAGAGUGUCCAAUAGAAUCAACAGGUUCUAACCUUCCUAAAGAAGAUUCCAAAGAUGAUGAUGUUGCUGUCACUUAUUGGAUGGACUUGCCUGUGGAUGAGGCUAAGAGAGAAAUAGUCAAAAAAGGAGAUUUGUUAAGUUCCAAAGCUUAUGUUCAUGUUAAACCAAUUUUAGGAGGAACUUUUAGUGAUAUAGUUAUGUGGGUGUUUUAUCCAUUUAAUGGGGGUGCAAGAGCAAAAGUGGCAUUCAUGAACAUUCCUUUGAGGAGUAAAGGAGAGCAUGUGGGGGAUUGGGAGCAUGUGACAUUAAGGGUAAGCAAUUUUAGUGGAGAAUUAUGGAGGGUUUAUUUAUCACAACAUAGCAAGGGUCAAUGGGUGGAUGCAUGUGAUGUUGAGUUCCAAAAUGAUAAUAAUAGGCCUAUGGUUUAUUCUUCUUUACAUGGUCAUGCCUUGUUUCCUAGAGCUGGUCUUGUUAUGCAAGGUGUUAGAGGGUUUGGUAUAAGGAAUGAUGCAGCUAAAAGUGAUGUGGUGAUGGAUAUGGUAAAAGGAUUUGAAUUAGUUGCUGCUGAAUAUUUGGGGUCAGAGAUUAGAGAGCCACCUUGGUUGAACUAUGGGAUGAAUUGGGGUCCAAAGGAAGGGCCCAAGGGUCCAAAACAAAAGGAUUUUUGGAAAGGAGAUGAAAGGUGACCCUUCUAUUUAAUAUUCAAGUCUUAAUUGGUUGUGUAUUUUUCCCUUAAUAUUAUUUGUAUAAUAUUCUUUUAUACUUUUGUUGCGCU